AUGAGAGCUCUCCCGCUGCUGGCGUUGGUGUCGCUGGCACUGUGGGCCAGCGCCACCUACAUAUCGCCGCGGGCGCUGGCCUACCGGCGGCCGGUGCGCUCGCUGAUCGCGCCAUCAGCCAAUCCGCGACUCGGCUUCUCGUUCGUGGAGGCGCAGCUGGCCCGACGGCUGCUGCGCCAGCUGAUCGGUGCGCGCUACCCGAAUCCCCAGCUGGGCCUGCUGCAGCAGCUGGUCGGCGCGCAGCGGGCACCGCGCCUGGCAGGCCUGCUGCGGGGGCCGUACCGCCGCUUCGUGGAGCCCAUCUACCCGGGGUUGCUACCCUACUACCUGUACAACCGCGGCGGGGCACGGCUGUUCUCGCGGAGAAACGUCCUCCACCCGCUGAGGCGUCUGACCGCUGCGCGCGUGCAGCGGCAGUUCAUCCGUUUCCUCACGCGUAUCGACCCCCGGCUGCUCAACUCCGGUGUCGAUAAUGGCGUGUUCUCGACCGUGCGCUCCGACCUGCUGAAGCUCAACAAGCGGUACAGGUUCCCGGUGCCCCUGCUGCGUAAUCUCUACAACACCUUCAUCUCGGUCAUCGCUGGAAACGGCCGGAGCAAGUUCCUGCUGGGCCUGACGCCGCAGCUGCGUGUGCGCCACUUCUCCACCAGCCUGGGCCUGUACCUGCGCCAGCUGGGCGGCGGCCUGUCGUCCCGGCUGCGGAACAGUCCUCUGCUGAUUCAGGACUUCGCAAACAACGUCGAUGGGCGAUACAUUCUGCACAACAGCGGAAUCGGUCUUCUUGGGUACGGUACACGGCCCAGUUCAGAAUUAUCACGUUUCUUCCUCCAGCUUGAGCAGGAUCACUUCAACGCCGUCAGGAGCGUGCUCUCCGGAAUAUUCCAGGUCCAGCAGAGCAUCAGCCUGGCGAGCCUGCCGCAACUCGGCUACUCCGGCCUGCUGGCGAACCGCUACUACCCGGGUCUGCACGCCGGCCAGACGGACAUCGUGGCGCGGUACAUCCUGCGCGCCCUCUCCGGCUAUGGAGCCCUGGACAAGAGCGCCGGCCUGAUCCAGACGCUGCCGUACCUGCCCUACGUCCGCGGCCUGCCGAGGGGUGUCAUCGGCGCCAUCCAGGGCAGCGACCUCGGCGCUAGCUUGGCCGGCCUCAACAUCCCCGGGCUGGCGCCGCGGCUGACUCCGGGAGUUCUGCGCGCGGCCCGCAGUGACCGUUUCAUCACGCAGACGCUGCUGGCCGCCCUGCUGCACGGUGUGCGCUACACCACUCCCCAGCAGGGCACGCUGCUGUUCCGGGACAUCCUCGCCAGUCUGCUGCUGCACGAGAAGCGCUACAGCCCUGCCCAGUUCCAGUCGUUCCUGGCCGAUCCGAUCCGGCCGUUCGUGCUGCUCAACCGCGUCAUUCUGCCCAACACUCUGCCAGCCAUCCGACGCAUCCCUCAGAUCCAGCUGGUGCCGCUGAACAGCAUCCUGUCGCUGCAGGCGGCCCUCAGCCAGGGCCUCAUCCGCCUGCCCAACGGCCUGCAUCUCGUGCCCGGCCGGCCGGUCUCGCCCACCGUGCCGGUCGUCACCCAGCCGCCCUUCCCGAGCGUCGUGGUGGCUCGCGUCACCCUGCGCAGCGCCGUGGCCCGCCGGGUCUACACCCUGCUGAGCGGUGGCAUUCCAGUGCUGACGGUCGAGCUGCUGCAGCCCGUGCUCCAGCUGUUCGUCGAGAGACGGGUCAUCAGUGUCCAGCUGCUGCGGACGCCCGACAAGCUGUACGACUACAUCAAAUCGGUGCUGUUGCCGCGACUCAAGCCUGAUGUCACCACAGCCAUCAAGAUCUCCACCGUCCCCGACUUUGUCAAGGACAGCGCAUUCACCAAGGCCGUUGCUCGCCUGGCCUACGUGCUGGACACGCUGGUCAUUCACUGCCACGGCUACACCAAGCUGGAGGGCGCCAUCAUCACCACCACAGUGCAGGCCACACUGCGGUCCUACUACGGGGUUCACAAGGUGUUCAAAGCGACCACGUUCUUGGCAUACGCUAUCAAGUACUAUCCGCAGCUGGUAUUCGGCGGCCUGCUGGUGCGUCCGCUGCAGUUCGGCUCCGCCACGCUCUCGCGUCCCGUGGUGACAGCCACGCUGGCCGGUCUGCGUCCCAUCUACGGCCCGGUCACCUACCACGGCCUGGGCACCGUGCUCGGCUUCCCGGGCGCGGCGCCCCUGCUGCGCGGCGUCGACCUCGGUAACGCCGGGGCGCUCGUGCGCGCGCUCUCGCUCGGCGGCCGCCGGCCCGUGCUGAAGCUGAGCCCCGCCGAUCUCACUGCUGUGCGCGGCAUCCUCAAACCGCUGACCGUGUUCGACAGGACCUACUCGGUCUCCGACCUGCAGUUCCUAUUCUCCUACGGCAUCCGCAACCUGCGAAUCCCGCGCAGCGUCUACAGCCUGCGGGUCAACCAGCUGUUCAGGGACUCGCUCACCAGCUUCGCCCGCCUGAGGAAGCCGCUGGUGGUGAACCGCAUCUACAACCCGGCCUACCUGAACCUGCUCACCAACCGCUUCCUGGUGGACGCGCUGACGACGGGCUCCCUGUCGGCCGGCAUCCGACUCAAGAUCCCGACCGGCCGGCUGACGCUGCGGCCGCGGCAGCUGUCCUCCUUCGCCCAGCGCACACUACGCCCGCUGGGACUUAGCCUGCUGCCGGCGUACACCCGCCAGCUGCUGUCGUACGCGUUCAACGAGGUGCAGACGCUACGUUCCGUCAAGCCGGCGCUCGCCGUGGAUAGCUUCGCGCGCUACCUUAGCGGCGGUCCGUUCAAGAGUUUCGGGUUCUCGCUGAGUGACGGCGAGUUCUCGGGCCUGCUCGCGUCGGUCAGGAAGCAUAAGUGGCUGCCUCGCUUCUUCUUCCAAUACCCGGCUCGCCUGCAGCGGUACUUCUUCGACAACCUGUUCGGCUCCUACGCCGCCUACUCGCUGCUGCACUACAGCAGCGACCAGUUCAGCCAGCCUCUCCGUCACGGCAGCGUCUUCUCCAGCUUCUCCAGCAGUGUCGUCCCGAGCUUCUUCCGGGGACGCAAAUUCGGGAACCUCGGUGACCUGUUCGGGGUGGCUCCGGACUACUUCAACGUGUGCCAGCGGAGCUUCAGGACUCUGCCUGGCCUACGCCUGGGCCCCAAGAGUUUCGGCGGCGGAUCAGGGAUCGUUCAUGUAGCCGGGGGGCACACCAUCGGAUACGGAUCCUUCAAAGGAGGCAGGUACUUAUCGGGCGGGAAGGGAUUCUUCCACUAGUGCCGGCCUCGCAUAGCAUCGGAAAUACAUGAGCAGCGGGAAUGAAGAUGGGGGACACACCGCGCGGCAAACUCAGUCCAGUUGACCAAUGAAUGAGUGACAAUGGCGCUGCCGACUGGGCGCGUUGGGGGCGUGUUGAUUGGUGGCUUCGGGGCGUGCCAGGGUGCCGGGCGCGGAAGAGCGAGUGCGUGGCUGCUGCUCCGGUCAGCUCUCAGCGGCCCGCCCGUCGGCUCCGCCCUCCCUGGCACCUCCAUGUGCACGUCGCUUAUUACGUUUAACACGAGUGCGGGGAUAGCAUAUGUAUAUGUCUGAUUCGGCGUGUAA